AUGGCGGGAAGAGGAGCAGCGAGGAGGCAGCUCGAGGCGCUAAGAGGCUUCGACUCCACAAGAUCCUCUGAGGACAAGCCUCUCCUCUUCACUCCCACUCAUCCCUACCAUGCUCUCUCCCAGCAGAGCUCUCUGGCAGACAAGGCAAGAGCAAGGCGAGAGACGGCAGCGGGCUCCUUCGGUCGUCGACUCCUCCUCCGCCGAGUUACAAGCAUCCUCUCGUGCUGGCGAGAUGUCACGCUAGCGGACAAGCAGCCCAACAAGAGGAACGUGCAGACGCUUGUCCAGAGCCCAACCCGCAUGUCAGCUCACUCUAUGCACCACCUGCUAGCCAGCAGAACGCCGUCAGAAGAGGAGGCGCAUGGAGAUCGGAUGCAUGAGGACGAGAGAGAAGAACAAGCUCAGGCAUCAGCAAGGAGGGGAGCUGAACACCACGAGGACGAGAACAAGAAGAAGCAGGAGUAUAUUUUGGACACAAUGGUGGAUAUUGAGAUUGUUCCUGUAAGCAGGAAACAGCGAGCCAUCCUCUUAGCUGCUGAGCGUCUAGUGCGGGUGUGUGCUGCUAUCUUCCGGGCAUGGGCGAUCGUCCGGUCUAGACCGCCGCAUGGCGACAUGGGCGCAUGGAGUCAUGCGCGAAAGAGGAUGGCGUUGAGGCGGCUACAAGAUGAGAACGCGAUCCUCGCGCUGCUGGAGGAGGAGGGGAUGAGCCGACUGGCUGGGGACGAGACUCUGAUCCGCCUCCUCGCCCCCUGCGACCACUUCGACUUCCGUGAGAAGGAGGUGGGGAGCGAGCUGAGCUUCGGGUCCGAGCACGGGAGCAGCUUCUCGGGGGACUCAGGGGUGAGCAUACGGCAGGCCUUCUCGAGGAAGUUGUGCAUCGUCUUGGAGGGAUCCUGCCAGGCUCAAGUCCGUGGGCAGGAGAAGGCAGAGGAGAGAGCUUGCUACAGCUCGACGAGCCGCCGACGGCAGCAAGGGGAGGGUAGAUGGAUUGAACUGAGGGCAGGGGACACGUUCGGGUACGGGAAGGAGCUGUGCGGGGGAAGCGUGGUCGGGGUGCGGUGCAUCCUGACGAGCUCGUUGCGAUGGCGCGACGUGGCCAACGUACGAGCAGCAGGAAGAGACGGGACGAGCAGAGAGAGCCCGUGCGUCAUCCUGGUGGUAGAGAGAGUCUGCUUCCAAGAGCUGCUGCUGCCUGCCAUGUACCGACAGCGCGACGGGCUCGCUGCCCUUGUGCGAAAGAACGUCAUGCUGAGCAGCCUCGCUGAUGCCGAAGCCUUUCAGUUACUGGACAACUCGAGCCUGUUGCAUGUGGAGGAGGGAGAGACGGUGGAGGAGGAAGGGAGUAGCCAGGGGCUCGGCCUCUACAUCCUUCUGAUGGGAAGCGUCAAGAUCAGUAAGAGAGACCCACGGACGGGUCAGUCUGUUCCCCUUGCAAGGCUCGUUGCUUCUCCUCUUUCCCUCCUCUCACCUUCUUUCAGGCUCGAGCACAGGGGCGAUCGCUUCGGCACCACCAUCAUGACCGCCAGCUGGUGCUCUUCCUCCGCCGCAUCCGCCGCCUCUCUCCUGCAUAUCCCUCAAGCACUCGCCGUGCAGACGCUGAGGGAUCACGGCAAGUUUGCGGCGCACAAGGCGAUGGAGCUGUUCGCGUACGAGCAGUGGGAGCGAGCGCUGCGAUGGUUCACUGCCCUCCUUGCAGCUGCAGCUGACGUGGCAGCAGGGGAUCUGCUGGGACGGAUGCGGCUGCUGACCGAAGAGCUGGAGGAGACGGCAGAUGAAGGCGGCGGGCCCGGGGAGGAAGCAAAGCCUGUCGGCCAUCAGCUCAGCCUGUGUGUUGAGCAACGCGAGACAAGUAGCAGAGGCGCUGUCGCGGAAGUUUUCCUCGCGUCCCUCGAGCCUCUUCCUCCUCUCGCUGCCAACGCCACCAACUCCGUCCGAGCCCUCCGGGCGCUGAGCAGUCUCAAGGUGCACAAGGAGCUUCGCGGGCUGGUGGAGGAGGUCGAGAGGAGGCAUCGCGACUCCGUGCCGGACAUUCUCCGAGCCUCCGCCGCCUGCCUGCCGAAGAUGCUGAGGGCGAUGAGGCAGUUGGAGGCGCUUCUCUUCCACGAGCAGGAGGUGAAGCUGGUGGGAGCACCGGGACGAGGACAAGAGCAAGAGACGGGGGGAGGGACGGAGAGGAGCACAAGCAGCGGCGGGGAAGCGAAAGAAGCUCUGAGGCGAGAGAGAGAGUCGUUCCUCGCCUCCUACGACAUGUAUCGCUCGCACUCCAAGGACAUCCUCCUCCACCUCAAGCGCUCGCAGCACCUGGCGAGGUGCGUGAUGAGAGCCAAGAAUGAGCUGAAGGGGCUCGUGCGAGGACACAGAGACAUCGUGAAGAUGGGCAUUCGGUUCUUCCAGACCGACCGAGCUGGAUCGGCGGCACCGCACUGCGAGGAGCGACUCUGUUCGGUGGUCCUCUUCACCGACGCAAUCCUCAUCGGCCUCCUCAAGCCUCAAACUUCCUCCCGUCUCUCCCUCGACGACGAAGAUGCGUCAUCUCGAACUCGGUCAUGCCCAGAAGACCUCGAGGUGCUGGAGGAGGAAGAGCAGGAGAAGGAGGAGGAGAGGGAGGAGGAUGUGAGGGAGGAUACGGAACGUGUGUCUCGGCACUUUGAGGGCAUGGAUCCCGACGAGAUUGUCCUCAUGCAUCUCCUCGGUCUCUCCGCCUGCGCCGUCACCUGCGCCGUCACCCCCAAGACUCUCUCAGCUCGCGACCUUCGCCUUGCCCUCCGCUCGCGCGGGCUUGCCGACAUGUCGCAUCCUCUCAACAUGCCGCACAUGGCCAUCGGGCAUGGCGUGGCUCUCAGGGACGGGUGCGGCCGCACUGUGCUGCUGCGAGCGAGGAGCAAGAGGGAGAGGGACGACUGGCUGCUGGCGUUGGAGAAGAGCAUCCGCGAGACAUACGCGCGCAUCAAAGACCCGUACCUCCUUUAA